GGGGUUGGAGUGAGAUGAGUCAGGCGGCGCGCCGGGCAGCCCUGCCCGCGCAGGAAGGUUCUGGAAAGGGGCGGAAAGGCCCUCCCGCCUCACACUGAGAGACCAGACGGCCGCGCGGUCAGUCAUGGACCCGCAGAAGGUGCGCGACCUCGGCUCCUUCGUGCAGCUGUGCCAGAGCAACCCGUCCGUCCUGCACCUGCCCGAGCUGAGCUUCUUCAAGCAGUGGCUCGAGAGUUUAGGAGCCACCAUUCCUCCUGCAGCUGAGCACCCGAAAUUUAUGGACUCUCCAAAGAAGGAAAAAGCAGAAGAGAAACCUGAUGUGUCUCCAGGGCCAGAGCUUCCCACAGAGAGUGAAGAGAGUGACCUCGAGAUUGAUAAUGAAGGAGUGAUUGAGCCAGAUACUGAAGAUUUUCGGGAAAUGGGAGACGAAAAUCUCGAGGUAACUGAGGAGCUGAUGGACCAGGCCAAUGAGAAGAAAGUGGAGGCCAUUAAUGCCCUAGGUGAAGGAAAUCUUGAGAAAGCCAUGGAAUUCUUCACCGAUGCCAUUAAACUGAACCCACAUUCGGCCAUUCUUUUUGCAAAACGAGCCAGUGUGUAUGUGAAAAUGCAGAAGCCAAACGGUGCUAUUCGGGAUUGUGACAAAGCCAUCAGCAUCAACCCCGACUCAGCCCAGCCCUACAAGUGGAGGGGAAAAGCACACAGGCUUCUUGGACACUGGGAGGAAGCAGCCCGGGACUUGGCCACAGCCUGUAAGUUGGACUAUGAUGAGGACACCAGCAGCAUGCUGAAGGAGGUCCAACCACGGGCCCAGAAAAUUGUGGACCACAAAAGGAAGUACGAGAGGAAACGUGAAGAGAGGGCGGUUCGGGAGCGAAUGGAGAGGGUGAAGAAGGCAAAGGAGGAACAUGAGAGGGCACGGAAAGAGGAAGAAACUCGGCGACAGGGAUCGGGAGCAGGAGCGGCCGGAUUCGGAGGUUUCCCAGGAGCUGGUGCUUUCCCGGGAGGGAUGCCUGGGAUGGCUGGAAUGGCAGGAAUGCCAGGGCUAAACGACCUUCUUGGUGACCCAGAAGUGCUUGGAGCCAUGCAGGACCCAGAAAUAAUGGCAGCUUUCCAAGAUGUGGCCCAGAAUCCCGCCAACAUCUCGAAGUAUCAGAACAAUCCUAAAGUCAUGAACUUCGUGGGCAAACUUUCCUCCAAAUUUGGCGCUAAGCCUUGAAGAAGCAGGUCACUGAACGAAGGAAAUAAAGUCCUAACUGGGUGGGGUGGGGGGGGAGAGGGAAGGAGAACCGGUUGCACUACUUGGGUCAAUAUAAAAAAAAAAACUACAACCUGUUUAGAUUUGCUUGCUAUAUUUUUGAGCCACACUCUGACAUUUUGGAUUUCUGCUUUUUUUUUUGAAUUAAAAGGCAACUUGUUGCUAUUUGAACACGA